AGAAAAGGUUAAGUCGCGGAGAGCCCGGCCACCCCCACCGGCUGCUCCAGUCACUUCCAGCCAGCGAGCAGUAGGUGUCCGCAUCUCCGCUCCGGCACCGACAGCCACACACGUCGACUGGGGGACCCGCAGCAGGCAGCACGGCGUCUGGCACGGCGCUGUAGCCCUUUCCGCCGGAGCCGGUGCGAUGCGCCUUUUGUUUUGAAGCGGCCAGCCUCCUGUUCAGCCCACCCAGCCCCCGGUCCAGUCUCCGGUCCAGCUCGUCUUGCGCUGAUGCGCCGCUCCGUGCUGGCAGUCUGCUAGCGUCUGGAUCGUCUUCUUUCAUCGGGAAUCCGAGACGAUGGCCAGCACGGUGAAGAGCUGUUUGUAACCCAGUACAGCUUGACGAAGGUGAAUUCAACCCUCGCACUGCAGAUUUCUUGUCAAACCUCCAGUAAACUACGGCCAUGUCGAAUAUAAACAGCGCUCUCUGUGUCGAGAGCGGACAAAACAUUGACUUGUCACUCUUACAGAAGGAUAAUCUUCAGUUGGACUCGAGUGGAUUAAACACAGUUUUGGAUUAUAAUGCAGAGAUGGAACGCUACCGGUCCUUCGCAAACUUCUACAAAACGAACGGGGCAUUUCCACAGACUGCGAAGAUUGCUCGCAUAACCACGCCAAUUUUCCCCAGCGCCCGAAUCGGCGUGUCCCCCUGGAACUGCGAUAACGCCAUGCUCUGGGGAAGAAAGUCAGCAGCAAUCAACCCUAAUAGGACCAGCAUGCAGAGAAAUGAGUCCCAGAGGGGCGAGAAGGUUGGCGUGCCGCCAGAGACGUUGCAAAUGGCAAAUAAUAAUUUCCUCUCCACCUUAUCCCCUGAACACUGCAGACCUUUAGCGGGGGAAUGCAUGAACAAGCUGAAAUGCGGCACAGCAGCUGAAGCGGAGAUAAUGAAUCUCCCAGAACGCGUCGGAACUUUUUCCACCAUCCCGGCUUUAGGGGGCAUCUCAUUACCUCCCGGGGUCAUCGUCAUGACAGCCCUUCACUCCCCCGCAGCCUCGGCCGCCGUUACAGACAGUGCGUUUCAAAUUGCCAAUCUGGCAGACUGCCCGCAGAAUAAUUCCUCGGCGUCCAGCGGCAACCCGGCCAAGAAGAAGAGGAAAAGGUGCGGGGUGUGCGCCCCCUGCAGGCGGCUGAUCAACUGCGGGGUGUGCAGCAGCUGUCGGAAUCGCAAAACCGGCCACCAGAUCUGCAAGUUCAGGAAAUGCGAGGAGCUGAAGAAGAAGCCCGGCGCGUCGCUGGAG